CGAUCAACAUCGACCAAGCUCGACUCGAAUACUGCUUGAUCACACUCUUGCCUCCAAGAUUGCACGAUUUUGACUUUCUUCUCUCACCAUGGAUGCAGCUACUGAGAUUUGUGCUGCCUGCACACUGACUGCGAACCUUGCGAAUCACAAUCACAUUUUGUCGGCCAACGACCUUUCCGUCCCUGAUAAUUUGAAUCCCUAUAUCAAUGGCAAUCUCUACCCCACAUCCACCAUUUGUAUUGAAAUCAAGCAGUCCCUUGAACGGUUAACCAAACGCUUUGAAGAAGUGCUUGCGCACCAGCAGAACAUUAUCUCGCAGGUAGCCUUAAUGCUGAAGAAACACAAAGAAGCAUACGCAAAAACACAACUCCGCGCAGAAGAAAUCAUGGACCGGCACAAAUACGCACUCUCUUCCCCCAUUCGUUCUUUGCCAGAUGAUCUCCUGGCAGUCAUAUUCCAGUUCACCUCUCCCAACGCUGCGAUAAUGGAUCAGUUCCCUUGGAUUGCGACGAGAGUGUGCAGACAGUGGAGGGCUGUUGCCCACUCCAACCGGGUUCUAUGGUCAGAGCUUAACCUGGAUUCUUCAUCCAUCACCGAUGACGAUCGGGGUCGGAGCUCGUCUACCCAGUCAGAGCGGGGGACUCAUUCGUCGAUGAUCCGGGAGCCUCACUCUUGGUCUGCUUCACCAGAAGGUGAAUUGGAGAGAAAACACCAUGAGGUUGUCCGACCCGCCGUAUCUAAGAGAGCUCUCAGUCAGGCCCUCGAACUCUCGGGGAGUGUACCUCUGACUUUCUCUGUGGAUUUCCCAAUUGGUAUAGACGAUGAAGAGAUCGAUAUCGCCUUAGAUUAUUUGGAUAUGUUCAUCGCUCAGGCAGUACGAUGGCGAAAUGUCAGACUCCACCAUACCCUUUUCCCUUUACCACCACCAGCUCGGUUACCACUACCUCCCACACCACCUUCCUCUACGUUUCACCAACACCAACCACACCUCUUGCCAACUCCAGGAGAUGGCUGUCUGCGUCUUAUCCAGGCCCUUGGGUUACGCAUACCUCUUACUUCCAUGUCGCUCUCUCUUCUGCAUUCAAUCCCAACAAGAUUGCAACGCACCAAACCGCGUCGUCAAUGCUCUCUGUCUCAAUCGCUCAGCCUUCGCAUGGGCUUAAAGGCCCUGCCGCUGCCGUUGCAGACGGUGCUCUGUUGUUACGUCCGCAGAUGGAGUCCCUUGCGAGGAAUUUCAUCUGUGCAGUGGUUACGUCCGCAGAUGGAGUCCUUUGCGAAGGAUUUCAUCUGUGCAGUGGAUACGUCCACAGGAGGUGUCCUUUGCGAAGGAUAUCGCCUGUGCAGUGGUACUCGGUUGUUACGUCCACAGGUGGUGUCCUUUGCGAAGGAUGUCACCUGUGCAGUGGUACUCGGUGGUUACGUCCGCUGGUGGUGUCCUUCGCGAAGGAUGUCACCAGUCUGGUGGUACUCGGUGUUUCGUUCGCAGGCAGUCUCUUUCUCGAAGGAGCUUGCCUGUUUCGCUGUUCUUGGUUUCCGUUUCAUCAUUUUCAUGGGCUAAGGCUUGAGCGAAACAACGGGCCUCGUUUGUUGUGCGCACACGAUGCUUGUGUUUCGUUCCUGCAGUCUGUGGUUCUUUGUUUCUUGGUGGAUGAUUCGUAUGCUCUCAUUGCUGCUGACCUUCCAUACACUUCAUGGUCCGUGUACCAUGUCUCACUCUCCCGUUACGCGUUUCACAUUUGUUCACAUGUUUUUUCACUGUCAUUGUUGACGCACAUGUCUCAUGAGCCAUUUCAUAACGCUCCUCCUUUUGGACGGCACUGAUUCUUAUUAAGGAGUCAUACACUGCACCGGAUUUUCGAGGUGUACACC